AUGUCCUGUCCCGCGUGUUUCAGUGGCCACGUCCACGAUGGCUCGCUCAAGGGCCAGAUCACCAAGCUGCACGGUCUCGAUGCCUAUGUGUCGGAGCCUGUAGAGGGAAAACCAGUCAAGGGCAUUGUCAUCAUUGUCCCAGAUGCCUUUGGCUGGGAGUUUGUCAACAAUCGGAUUCUGGCUGACCAUUAUGCCGAGAAAGGCAACUACAAGGUUUACUUGCCUGAUUUCAUGAAAGGAAAGGCGACUCCCGUUUGGGCUCUUGAAGUCAUUCCAAAGCUCCUGUCGGGGAAGGGCUUGCUGAACUGGCUGUUGAAGCCAUACUACUUGUUCCGCACUCUCCAAGCCGUGGUUCCAUUCAUGAUCUCCAACAGCUUCAGCAAAUCAUGGCCCAUCAUCGAGUCUUUCUUCACUGCCGUGCGCCAGAACGAGGGAUCCAAUCUCCCCGUCGGCGCUGCUGGUUUCUGCUGGGGUGGCAAACACGUUGUGAAUUUGGCCCACGGAUCCCAAACGGCGGACGGCAAACCCCUGAUCGAUGCCGGCUUCACGGGCCAUCCCAGCUUGCUGAAGAUCCCCGACGAGAUCGAGAAGAUCAAGAUCCCAGUGUCCUUCGCCCUUGGCGAGAAGGACAUGACGUUGAAGAUGCCGCAAAUCCAGCAGAUUCAGAAGGUGGUGGAUGCCCAGCCUGAGGACCAGAAGGGGGAGGUGAAGGUCUACAACGGCGCCGGCCAUGGGUUUUGCGUCCGAGCAGAUCACGUCCUCCAAGAUCAGGAGCAGGCUGCAACGGAGGCAGAGGACCAGGCGGUGGAUUGGUUCAAUCGACAUUUUCAGAAACUUCCCUACUAA